UUUGCAGAUUGACUUUUUGAAAAGAUUAUUGCACUGAGUACCUUCAAACGAAUCUUAAACCUGAAUUUUGCUUGGAAACUUGGCAGUUCGCCCAAAAGUACGAUCUCGACACAUUGGCCGAAAAAUCUUUCAAAAUGGCUGUUGAUCAGAUUUCCAGUGUGUCUCAGCAAGAAGAGUUGCUAACCUUACCUAAGUCCAUGCUUUUAAUUAUUUUGUCGGAGCAGAAGAAGCUCAGCAUGGACGACGUCUGUAAGACCAUCCUGAGGUGGGUGGAAGCGGAUCAAGAAGCAAGGAGGACUCAAUUGCUGGAAUUACUACCAUUUGUGUGUUUCCCACAAUUAAGCCUGGGUUAUCUGUGUGAUCUGGUUACUUAUCUGAACCAUCCCUUCAGCAAAAUCCUUUUUGAAAAUGUCCACGAAGGCUUGAAUUAUAACAUAAAAGGCCAACAAACCCAAGAUGUGACACUCCGGAGGAAGAUUUUAGCUCGGCAGCCAGUUUUGCUCAACUUACCGGAAGUCCAGCCCCGUGUCGUUAUGUUUGGCGGUUACACUGAGGUCAGCAAGUCAAUAAGAGACACUUACGUUUUCGACCUAAAUAACCGAUUCAUGAAGCGUUACAGUCUAGCCCCCAUGCCAGAAGAUGUUGGACUGGACUUUGCCAGCUGCAAGUGGUACAACGAGGUUUAUGUCAGCGGUGGAUCCCAGCUGCCCACCUUCUUUGCUGUCUAUAAACCAGGUGACAACAAAUGGGAGGUGCUGCCCUCUCUACCAGAUGACGGAAGAGAAAAGCAUGCAAUGGCUGCUAUCAGUUGCAAUAUUUAUGUUCUUGGUGGAUUUAAAAAAGACUCUGAUGGUAAGAAUACGAUUUCAUUCAGUGUCAUGAGGUACAACACAAGCAGCAGAGAAUGGAGCAUCUUCUGUCAGCUGCCUUCAGGUGUUCAGGAAGCUGCCGCCGCAGUUCUAGGUCACCGGAUUUACCUGUUCGGCGGGGUAGAUUCAAAGGGAAGACAUUUAAGUUUGGUGCAGUGUGUGGACACCUUGAGCAGCUGCGCCUACCAAGCCGGCAAACUUCCGUCACCCACGUGCGGUGCGCGUGCACUUAGCAAUGGAGGACGUAUUUACGUCGUGAGGCCGAAAGGGGACGUAUUGUGUAUGUGGGAGAGCUUUCCUUUGGCGGAACAAAUAGAAAAAAGGAUGUCGGAAGAGAAAGAAAAGGGAAAGGAUCAGUCGUCAUACACAAGUGGGUCAACAGUCAGCUUCAGGGAGGUCGGCAAGUUCCCUGAACGACGUCACUUCAGUGCUUGCCUGCGGUCAGGGGAGAUCACUGUGUGUGGCGGAGAGAAUGAGAGUGGAGAAAUAUUAGACAGCUUUGUAAAGAUUCCACUGGAAGGCGGGGACAUUUCCAACAAAUCAUUGACUCUAAUAACGAAGGCAGCGAAGUUUGAUCUCCACGAAAUAAAUAUUCCAGUAAUUUAUUUAAAAGAAGAAACAAGUGUAGUACAGCCAUUUCGAGUCGGUGAUAAAGUGAUUUUGGACCGAGAAGAAAAUCAAAGACGCAUACGCCAAAGUUCUUUCAUGCAACAUACUGCACAGCCUCAAGGAACUGGUGUAAUUACUGCUAUUGAAGCCACAAUGAUCACCGUGGAUUUCGCCCCAUACUUUUACGGAUGGCGUGGUCAAGCUCAUCAGCUGCAGCAUGCGUGAUUAACCACUCAGUGGUCGAGCUUGCUGAUGAUGGUGGAAACACACGUGACACUCACCUGACCAAGAUGAUUUGAGGGUUGUGCUUCACUGAAACCAUUCUUUUUGCUGACAAUUUUAACGACUUUACUGAUUGCGAUGCUUUCUAUUUGUAGCCUGAAAACAAGAAGACAUUUAUUUCUUCAGCGAUAUUCAAAUAAUAAUUACUUUUAUGCAACUAUACCAAAGGACGGAACAUACUACAGCAGCUAUGCUUCCGAUUGACAUUAAAUAACAAAAUUUCUGGUUAAAUGUUUUUAUUACUGUGUAGACGAUGAAGAACCGUAAUACAACCAUUAUCUAGACGUGCCUAGACACACAUGCAGACAUACAAUACAUUAUACAUACAGACACAUAUGUAGGUAUCUGCAUAGUGUAUGCCAGUUUGAUUAUCAAUAAAGUAACUCUUGCCGUCAAUAAUUCUUAGAUCAAUGUCUCUUUUGUCUCUUUUUUU